UGCCCAUACACGAGUGUUGACUUGGCACCACUCCAGCCAUCGAUGUAAAGAUUCAAUCAGUAUCUUGUCGUCAAUUCACCGGCGCAGAUUUCCCCUUCCAGAAAAUUCCACACGCGUCCGACCUCCGCAAACCGUAACGGUGCCGCCAGCACGCGCCAACCAGUGAGUCCCUGACAAUCAAUUCCUCCUCCACUCUGCCCAAAACCUUCCACCAAAUAUUUACAGCGACAGCAAAGUCCGUACAGGUCAAGGGUUUUGAAGGUGAUCGGCACCCAUCGGACCGCCGCCAUGUUCAAAACCGCAGCUUCGCGCCUUAGGGCUCUCAAGGGGCGUACAAGUGCGUUCCAUAGGGGAGUGGCCAGAUUUUCAAGUUUGAAUGAUGUUGGAACGAAGCCAUCCUCUUCCUCCUCUCCUUUCGGAGGUUUGUUUGGCUGGCUGAUUGGGGGAAAUUCCAGGUCUAUGCCUCCAUUAGACUUCCCUCUUUCAGGCAUCAACCUCCCACCUGCAUUGCCUGACCAUGUUCAACCAGCGGAUGUCAAAAUUACAACUCUCCCGAAUGGUAUCAAAAUAGCUUCUCUAAAGUCAGAGAAACCAGCUGCUUCAGUAGGUUUAUAUAUUAAUUGUGGUUCAGUCUAUGAGACACUGGAAUCAUCUGGGGCCUCACACCUGCUGGAGCGUAUGGCAUUUAAGAGCACGAGGAACAGAAGCCAUUUGCGUAUUGUGCGAGAGGUGGAGGCUAUUGGUGGUAACGUCCAAGCCUCAGCUUCUCGGGAGCAGAUGGCUUACACCUUCAAUGGUCUGAAGACCAAUGUUCCUGAAAUGGUAGAGCUGCUUAUCGACUGUGUUCGGAACCCUGUUUUCCUAGAUUGGGAAAUUAAUGAGGAGCUUCCUAAGGUGAAAAACGAUAUUAGUGAAGCCUCCAAAAACCCCGAAGCCCUUGUUUUGGAAGCAGUUCACUCUAUUGGUUACAAGGGUGGCUUGGCCAAUCCACUUUUAGCCCAGGAAUCUUCAAUUAGUAGGCUGAACAGUAAUGUUUUGGAGCAAUUUGUUGCUGAAAAUUAUACUGCUUCUCGAAUGGUACUUGCAGCUUAUGGUGUUGAACAUGAGGAACUUCUAAAAAUUGCAGAACCACUUUUGUCUGAUCUUCCCAGUGUCCCUACUGCCGAGGAGCCAAAAUCUGUGUAUACUGGAGGUGAUUACCGCUGUCAAGGUGAUUUAGGGGAAACUCAUUUUGCACUUGCCUUUGAACUUCCUAGUGGCUGGCGAAAUGAGAAGGAUGCAAUGAUUGUGAAUGUUCUUCAGGUGCUAAUGGGAGGAGGUGGCUCUUUUUCAGCCGGUGGACCUGGAAAAGGGAUGCACUCACGUCUAUAUUCUCGUGUGUUAAAUCGAUGUUCAAAAUUUCAUUCGAUUUUAGCAUUCAGUAGCAUCUACAACAAUACUGGCAAUUUUGGAAUCCAAGCCUCCACUGCUCCAGAUUUUGUCACAACAGCCAUUGAUAUGGCAGCUAAUGAGCUUAUUGCAAUCGCAACACCUGGAGAUGUUGACCAGGUAGAACUAGAUCGUGCUAAAAAGUCAACAAAGUCUUCCAUUCUUAUGAAUUUGGAAUCCAGAACGGUUGUUGCAGAUGAUAUUGGGAGACAGAUUCUGACGUACAAUGACUGGAAACUGAGCCAGCUCUUGAAGGCUGUGGAUGAGGUUUCGUUAGAAGAUAUUGCUUCAAUUGGUCAAAAGCUUUUAUCUUCCCCUCUCACAAUGGCAACAUAUGGAGAUUUUACUAGCGCGACCGGCGUCCCAAGCUAUGAUUCAGUCAGUAAAAAGUUCCAUUUAAAAUGAGAUUGCUUUCGUGUUCUAAACCGGGCAGUCAGUUGACCUGCUGCCAUCGUUGUGCUUGACAUCCCAUACGCUAGAGCUUGCGUACAAAAAUUUCGAAUAAAAUGAGGAUACUUCAUACGUAAUCUCGAGCGUAUAUGUAUCUCUUGUUGGUAGAGUUUAUCAGACAGUGAUGGUUAUGCCAUUAUUAUUGUAUCACUAUGUCUAAUUUUAUUAGCAAAUGGUGCUGGAGAA